CACACACCUCGCUUGUUACAGACAAAACGUUAAACACGCAUUUGUAACAUUUUUGAUAGCCAUAGAGGAACACGUGUGCACACUGAGGCAGAGAAAAAGAGAAAAUGGCAACUAAACCAGCCAGCGUGCUAAUCACUGGAGCCAACAGAGGUCUGGGGCUGGAGAUGGUAAAGCAAAUGGUGGAGCGCUACCAUUCACUGGGGAUACUGUUUGCCUGUUGCAGGGACCCAGACAGACCCAAGGCUGAGGGCUUGAAAACACUGGCAAGCAAGUACCCUAACAUCAUCACCGUCCUCCAUCUUGAUGUCACUGACCUUUGUAGCAUAAAAACAGCUGCCCAGCAGGUGGGCUCUCUGGUGGGGACUGGGGGCCUCAACCUGCUGAUUAACAAUGCAGGGAUCCUACUCAGAGGUAACCUGCAGGACACCAGCCCGGAGGACAUGCACACUAGUUUCAACACCAAUGUUGUGGGCCCUAUGAACAUCAUUAAGGAGUUCCAGCCUCUGCUUAAAACAGCGGCGAAGGCCAGUGGCAUCCCAGGUAUGUCCAGCAAAAAGGCAGCUGUCAUCAACAUCGGGGCGCUUCUGGGUGCACUGGAGUCUGUACCAUACUCAUACACCUUCUUACCUGCCCUCUCCUAUCGCAUCAGCAAGGCCGGCAUGAACAUGUUGACCCUGUGUGCUUCAGAAGAGCUGAAGAAAGAUGGAGUGCUGUUUUCAGUGCUGCACCCCGGCUGGGUGCGCACCGACAUGGGUGGACCCAUGGGGGAGCUGGAUGCUCAGGAGAGUGUGAAGGGGAUGCUAAAUGUGAUAGCCACCCUGACAAAGAAGCAGAAUGGAGGCUUCCUGGAUUAUUCUGGCAAAACCCUUCCCUGGUAGCUUUAAUCAGCCACUUUGUCCUCCAUUCACUGCAAUCAAUCAAUGAACAAAUACAAAUGAAAUGAACCAACAAUUGUUUUAAUUACUCAGUAAUGUAUUGUGUUCAUUUUACAUACAAACAUACACUGACAUGAUCUUAAAUAAAUUGAUUCACAUGAGUAA